CAGGUUCACUUUUUCUGCCGCCCGCACUUUCGCCGCCUCGAUUCUUCACAGGACGCCAGCAGACGCGCUUUUUAUUCCAUCUCUGUCUUAUCAUACCAUUGCUGUCCGAACUCCUCCGGAUCAGAAAUGUUUCGCUGCGGCCUGGACUACCGUCGGUGCAGGUGGAUCAUGCCCCUGCUGCUGCUUUUCGCCAUCAUUUUCGACAUUAUCGCCAUCGCGGCCCAGUCCGGCUGGAUCCAGAACCGGGACAAUAACCACUACUCCAGUAUGUGGAAAGAGUGCCGAAGCCUGGGCGAUGAGUCGGAGUGCUCGAGCCUCAUGGGAGAUAGUUGGGCUCAGGCCGUGGCAGCACUGAUGAUCAUUGGCCUCAUCCUCCUUAUCAUUGCUUUCAUCGUCAGCGUCAGUACCAUGUGUAGUAGUGUCGACGAAGACUCCGUAAAUGGUUUUGUGGGCGUGGGAGUUCUGCUUUUUAUUGUUGGGAUCCUCCAGUUCAUCGGUCUGAUCAUCUACCCCGUCAACUUCAACACCAGGAUCUUCGAGGGCGAAUACGAAUACACCUGGGCCUAUGGGUUCGGGUGGGGCGCCACCAUCAUCUGCUUUGGCGCCAGUUUCAUCUUCUGCUGCUUGACAAGAUGCAUAAGCAAGAUUAAUGGAGAUGAAAAGGUGGAUUUCUGUAUCUCUUCGUAGUGACAGAACCUCCAGACCUGCCCAGUCACAGUAGUCCCUCCUACUCCCCCUUCUCUCUGUCACUGAAAACUAAAGUUUUGUUCAACACUGGAAGCAUUCCUCCUCUACCAUCCUUGAACAAAGUGGAUUGUAACUGCGGGUCACCCUAGCUUUAAUGCACACAGAUCUUGAUUUUAGAUCUGGUCAGUAUCUCGAGUCCCCCUCCCCCCUUUUUUAAUUUAAAUUUUUUGAGGAGAAAGUUAGACUUUCUCCUCAGAAUUUCGCAAACUGUAAUUCUCAAAGCAAUAACACCCAAGUGCAUUUGUCUUUAAAGGAGCUAGUUUUAUAUAAACCACAAGCAAUCCAAAAAAUUUUCCAGGUGUUUUUGCACAGGAUGAAUGAAUGUUUAUCGCCCUGCAUUGUACCGUGUGAUUUGACAAAUAUUGGGUCUCCAUAGUGUCAUUAACUCUGCAAGUUUAGCCAGGAAGACGAAGGACAGGAAAGCAAUCUGUUCCGUCAGAACCGUAUGCAUUGGUUAAAAAAGUGUUUGCACCACUUUUAUAAAUCUACAGUCUGUCUCUGUUUGUCUUGAUUCGCUUAUGUGGCAUAGACAAGAGACGCUGUGCUGCGUUUGAAUGCAGUUGACUUGUCUUUAUGCUGUGGUAGAAUUAGAGGUGUUCUGAAUUCACACUGGUGCCGACGUUUCGCUCAACUGUCACAGAAAUAGUCCAGAUCCCUCAUUGUCUUUUGUUAUUGCAGCCAUUAAUUAUAUUUAAGGACUGCAAGACACAAAACCAAAAUUUCAACAACAACAACAACAAAAAAAUGUUUUUAAUACCCUGAAACGUAUUACAAGAUUCACACUACCAUUGUUCAAUAAGGAUGUCAAUACUGGUUAAAAGGGAACAUUUAGAUUAUUUAGUUUUUCAUGUUAUAUUCAUAUCAGUUAUAUAUGAUCUUGGUCGUGUUUUUCUUUUUUCCUGAAUUUUGGGAAUGCCAUUGAGGCGCUGCUGGUCUAAACAUUGACCAAAGUUUCCACCACUAUGACUCGGUGUGUGAAAAGAAGCUGUGCCUUUGUGUUUCCUCUGUGGUUAAUCCUGGAGCGUUUCAUUCUAGUGGAAGAGCUGGUUUUCACUCACGCCCUCUGCUUCAUGCCAGCACCAAUCUGCUCGGACACGAUCAGGCCUCUUUGUUAGAUUUAUUUCCUGAAUUUGUGACGAACUCUUCUGUUGGCUGAAUCAGUAUUUCUGCUGAUACUUUUUCUGUCUGGCCCAGAGCUGCGUAGUUUCGUGUAUUUUAUCAUUUGGUAGAAGUUUUAUCUAUUAGUCGUCAUAAGUGUUUGUGUUCAGUGUGGGCUUUUCACUGUAAAUCAUAAGUUCUUUACUGUAUUCAAAAGAAAUCUAUUAUUUUUCUUCCUGUUCUCUGAGGUAUUUUUGGUAAGUUCUGUAUUAAGCAAUAAAGAGUUUUUAUGUAGAAGAAGUAAAA